GCUUUCUGCGGAGACUACUGAAUUCCUGUGAAGAGAUUGGGAAAUGGUGUGAGCCGCCCCCAGUCGUGCUGCAACACAGCUCUGUAGUGGCGGCGAAAGGGUGGAGGUGGCGGCGGUGGCGAGGCACAGUUCUAGAUCCGCCUCUUUCAUUGAUGAAUUUUAAAUUUUUGUGCUUUCUCCCUCUUAACCAGUUUGUCCGAGUCAUUUAUUUCCUAGAACAGAUGUAGGAAGGAUCAGGGAGGAAUCGGACAGACGCAAAAGCCUCAUAGAGUGCCUUUGGUGGCUUUUUGGGGAGGGUGGGUGGUUGUAUUCUUAUUUCUUUUAUUUUUUUUUCAUUAAAAGGAACCUUUUCAAUUAUUGCGAGUUUAUGACUGUUAAGUGACAGCUGGGGAAAUAUUACUCGGAAGAGGAAGGAUAAAAAGCUGCCCACUCUCUGUUUUUCUUGUAUAAUUAUUUUUUGAGGGGAUUUUUCUGAAAUUUAUAAUCACAAGCAUUUAUUUUCAUAAAGAUUCGAAAUGUCAGCAUUUGCAAAAGAUUUUAGCAAAGCGAUGUCUCAGGCUGGUACUUCCCCAUUCCAGGAAGCAAUUAGACAAGAACUGGAAUAUUCCAUGAAAGGAGAACUGGACAAAAUACUUGCAACUGCACCACAGAAUGAAGUAGAGCACACUAAAAAAGACCUAGAAGGGUUUAAGAAGCUCUUUCACAGAUUUUUACAAGAAAAAGGACCUUCUGUUGACUGGGGAAAGAUCCAGAGACCUCCAGAAGAUUCUAUACAACCCUAUGAGAAGAUAAAAGCAAGGGGAUUACCUGAUAGUAUUGCUUCGGUUUUGAACAAGUUAGUUGUAGUGAAACUCAACGGUGGCUUGGGCACCAGUAUGGGAUGUAAGGGUCCCAAAAGCCUAAUUGGGGUACGAAAUGAAAAUACUUUCCUGGAUCUAACAGUUCAACAGAUUGAGCAUCUAAAUAAAAGCUACAAUACAGAUGUUCCUCUAGUUCUAAUGAACUCUUUCAACACUGAUGAAGACACAAAAAAAAUCUUGCAGAAAUACAGCCAUAGUCGUGUGAAAAUCUACACUUUCAAUCAAAGCAGGUACCCACGAAUUAAUAAGGAGUCUUUGCUUCCAAUAGCAAAAGAUGUGUCUUAUUCAGGAGAGAAUACAGAGGCUUGGUACCCCCCAGGUCAUGGGGACAUCUAUGCAAGUUUUUAUAAUUCAGGAUUACUGGAUACUUUUAUCGAUGAGGGGAAGGAGUACAUUUUCGUGUCCAACAUAGAUAACCUUGGUGCCACUGUUGAUCUGUACAUUCUCAACCACCUGAUGAGUUCACCCAAUGGAAAACGGUGUGAAUUUGUUAUGGAGGUCACCAACAAAACUAGAGCAGAUGUUAAGGGUGGUACACUCACACAGUAUGAAAACAAACUGAGGCUAGUAGAAAUAGCUCAGGUGCCAAAACCACACGUCGAUGAAUUCAAGUCUGUUUCAAAGUUUAAAAUAUUCAACACAAACAACCUGUGGAUUUCAUUAUCUGCAAUUAAACGGCUGCAGGAACAAAAUGCUAUUGAUAUGGAAAUUAUUGUCAAUCCAAAGACUUUAGAUGGUGGUUUAAAUGUUAUUCAGCUGGAGACUGCUGUUGGUGCUGCCAUUAAAAGUUUUGAGAACUCAAUGGGAAUAAAUGUACCCCGUAGCCGUUUCCUGCCUGUCAAGACUACAUCUGAUCUUCUGCUUGUCAUGUCUAACUUAUAUAGCCUUAAUGCUGGAUCUUUAACAAUGAGUGAGAAAAGAGAAUUCCCCACCGUUCCACUUGUUAAAUUGGGAAGCUCUUUCACUAAGGUUCAAGAUUAUCUGAGGAGGUUUGAGAGCAUCCCAGACAUGCUUGAAUUGGAUCAUCUGACUGUUUCUGGUGAUGUCACGUUUGGCAAAAAUGUUGCAUUAAAGGGAACAGUCAUCAUCAUUGCAAACCAUGGUGACAGGAUAGAUAUCCCACCAGGAGCAGUACUGGAGAACAAAAUAGUAUCUGGCAAUCUUCGGAUCUUGGACCACUGAGAUAGUUCAAUACCUCACUUUUAUUGUGCUCUAAAGCUAGAGUUGUUGCUCUCCUGUAUUUUCCCAAAGAAAGACACCUUGAAUGAAACAUCAGAAUGGAUACUUUCAGCCACAGUCGUCACCCCAUAUCUUCUAGAUUUCUCUCUUUAGCUGUUAAGAAUUCACGUAAACAUUUAAAGAUGUAACAGAUCACCUCUACCAUGUACUUAUGUUCAUACAAUUAAAUCAUGUGUCAGUCUAAAGGAGGAAAUUUCACAGCUGUACAGGUACUAAAAUAAAUACUAUCAAAUCCUC